UGCUGGCUCCAAUGGCGAAUAUGCCACUGCUAUUGUCUCUUUGCCUUAUCUAUACUAUCUCCUUCUUUCCAUUCCUUGCAUUUGCCAUAUCCUCUUGCAAUGGUCCUUGCCGAACAUUUAACGACUGCGACGGUGAGCUCAUAUGCAUCAAUGGUAAGUGUAACGACGACCCUGAACUUGGGACUCACGUAUGUGAAGGGGUUCCUUCCCCUCCACCUCCCUCCGGCUACUGUCAUUCCUCUGGGUCCCUUCGGUGCAAGGGCCAAUAUUAUCCUACCUACACCUGCUCCCCUCAGAUCACAUCCUCCACAAGUGCCAUUCUUACUAACAAUGAUUUUAGUGAGGGUGGGGAUGGCGGAGGGCCAUCGGAAUGUGAUGGAAAAUACCAUAACAAUUCUGACCCCAUCGUGGCAUUGUCGACUGGGUGGUACAAUGGUGGAUUCCGGUGUGGGAAGAUGAUCAAGAUAACGGCUAACAACGGGAGGAGUGUGGUGGCCAAGGUGGUGGAUGAGUGUGACUCACUGCGGGGCUGUGACGAAGAGCAUUCAGAUCAGCCACCAUGUAAGAACAACAUCGUUAAUGGAUCUGAUGCUGUGUGGAGUGCUCUGGGGCUGGAUACGAACUUAGGUGAAGUGGAUGUUACCUGGAGCGAAGUAACUGAUGUUCCAUGUGAUUCAAACAAUUAUAUAGUUCAUAUUAUGUAAUUAUUAAAUUACUUAGUUCUACAAAUUAUAUAUCAUGAAACCUUA